AGGAAGCGUUCCUCGCGACUUCGCCCGUAGAUUAGUAGAGAGAAUUCUCCGCGCCGUAUCGGUAGCCGCGUAUCAAAGUCGCUGGAAAGCGCCGUUUGACCCUUGGAAAAGACCGGGGAACGAAUCCGAGCUUUGAGCUUUCCCCCGGUUCGGUUAUCGCCGUUAAUUCCGCCGAGCGUGUAAGCGUGGCAAUCCCUCAUCAGGAUUCUCGAAAUCUUUUUCGCACAGCUGAACGACCGUUCGAACUUCUGAUAUCCGGUCUGAUGUUGUUGCAUCUUCGACGAAAGUUUCGCGGGAAAAAUAAAUGCCGACAGAUCAGGGAACUCAAGGAGAGCUGAUCGCUCGCUUGGAAACUCUUCGAAACCCGAUGACCAGGAACGAAAAAUGUGUUUCUUAGACAGCUCUUCACCUUGAAUCGACACUAACGGAAGUCUGCCGGUUUGACAUACGAUUUUCAAAACGGAACUGUUCAGCUGAACCGGAAGCUUGAAAUAUUCUGUUUUCUUCAGCCGAGGAAUCGACUAAUUUCAAUCGGUUUCACAUCGAGGAAAAUUGGAUCCGGGUGAAAUUGAAUCUUCGUCGCCGAAGAGGGACUGAGCUAAUUUUCGCGUUAAAUACAAUACCGGGUGAGAUCGAUACGAGUUUUGUGAAAGGCUGGAACGAGGGUUGGACUGAAGAAAUAAUCAUCGGGGGUAUCAAGGUACGAGGAGCCAAGAGUAACGGUUCCAAGUUCAUUCGGUACAUCCGGAGCUACCUAAUUCCCUGUCUUCUUCAAGCCCGGAUCCUCUUUUUGGGCUGUUUGUUUGAACGCGGGAACCGUGUAAACAUACAAAAAACGCCUAAUGGACUUCUGAAACAAAUUCACCAGCCCUUCUUAAGACGUGUAUACGCACAGUAGAGAUGCUUGGACAGUUUUGAACCUGGCUCUAAAGUAAAAAGGAGAAAAACGAGUACACGGUGUGCCUGAUAAACGGAUUCUAAGAAAACACGACAUCUGCCCGGAAGCUCGAGAGACUCGGAAAGAAUCCAAACGCAAAGUCGCGAAAUCGUCGGAAACACUCAAAAUGGCAAGCUUCUCUCGGCGCAUUUUUGGUGGCUUCGACUGAGGCGGCCUCGGGCCCCAGAACGAGACACACGGGAUUAGGGGCUGUUGUCCCUUUGAGGGUGGGGCGAAGGACGGGGGCCCCUCGGGUCAGGGGCGACUCAGGGCCCGUGGGAUGGUCUCGGGGUGGUGCCCCUGCGUGCCGCUUGGGCGUCGGCAGCUUCCGCCCCCGCAGAAUCCGAACAUCAACGGAAACGGGGGUCCAUUCACCGUCAGCGCCGCGACGGAUCACUCAGAGAUGGUGCAGAUGUUCUACUACGAGAACCGGGGAAAAUGCUGCAAGAAACUCCUGCGGUACAACGGAUAUCCAAACAAGAAUACCGGUCAAUUCUUGUUCCAGGUCCUGUUAUUCCCAGAGGAGGGUUGGGCGAGGAGUGCGAGCAGUUCCUACUGGACCCUGACGCCGUUCUGGUGGAGCAGAAGCCGCUGCAAGGUGGUCGAGGUCGCUGGAACGAGGAGAUACAGCACACAGGCAAAAAUGGUCGACACUGGCACUGGGACGCUUUAUAUCAUCGGGUCCUUCAAAAGGAUGACGACGGAUCCAGAUUUCAAGCUCUACCUAACGUCGAACGUCUCCUCGAGCGACUUCAACAUGGGGUACAGCAUGACCGGGACCCUGGAGAGGGGCUGCAAGAAAACGAACUCCUUCCAGAUGACGCACUUCGCUGUGAUCCGUCGACGGGACUACGAGAAGGCCUACGAGGAGCCGAACCACCCCACCUAGUGUCCGGAGACACCCACAUCGUCGGAGUGUGGGGACUACGAGCGAUAUACGUAAGAAUUAUAAGGUGUGCCCCCGACGAGCUGUGACAGUCGAGUAUUGAGGAGAUGCAAAUCAGUCAGUUGUGUCAUUGCGUAUCCGCGCACAGGCCUGAAGCUUUCUCAUUCUUCGACCUAGGCUUAUUGAUCGACGGAUGGAGGAUUUCUGCUCAGGUGGGUGUUGAUUAAGGAAUUAUAGUCCGCGCUAUGAUUUGGCUGAGUGUUUGGCAUUUUUUGGCUGCGGUUAAACACGCUGAUAUAACAUGUACACGGUAUGCGUUGCGCGUGUAGUUGACGUUACCGCAUAAAACGGUGACAUGACGAUUUUUUAGCAGAUAUCAUACUCAAUGAAACAAAAUGAAAACUUGAAUCAAAACUGUAGAGCAGACUUUGAAUGAAAAUCAAAAAGGGCUUAAGGGAAUUAUAACUCGGUCACUCGUUGAGGGAAGGGAAAUUCACGUUCGGUCGAAAGCUCUUUAUUCAUCGACGACGAUGAAAGAGGUUUUUUUGACUCUCGUUUAAUUGUUGUCGUUUUAAUUUGCGUUGUUUUUCUUUUUCCAACCGUCGAGCGUGCGUCGUAAAUCGCGAGUUACGACGAUACCUACCGUCUGUGAAAACCUAACGAGUAUUUCGUAUAUACAUAUGUGUGUGCAUAGGUAUGCAUUGAAACCGUGGGGGCACCCCGACGAAACAGUAAACGUCCAGAUAUUUUAAGAUUUAGGUUAAACUUUUACCGUCGCCUGAUUAAGUGCGAGAAAGAAAGAAAGAAAGAAGGAGAAAGGGUGAACGGAUCGAUUGAAACGUGAUAAUGUAAAUGAGGAAUUAGCGAUUAACCAAAGCGAUCCGAUCGAUAUACAUAUGUAACCUUACCAAAGUAUUAACGAGUAAGUUUAGUCUCAUCGCGAAUGCCUGCAGCGUUGAAUGAAUGCAAGGGCGCGAGUUCCUUUCGAGUGCUUGAGUCAAGGCUUAGAUUAUAAGUAAUACUCUUAAUUAUACGGUAACAUAUUGAAAACUAAUAACGAAUUCUUCAAUUUAAACUUUCGACUACAUUGUAUGUUUUCGUUGCUGCAGACGUUUCGUUUUUUAGCGCCUAAUUGGUCAGUUGAUUAAACUGAUGUAUGAAAUUAUAACAGCGAAAAAUCUUACGCGCGAUUAUUACAAACAUACUAUAUAUAUAUAUAUAUAUAUAUCUUGUACUAUGCAAUGAUACAUAUGUCUAUUAUAUACUCGACACGUAAGUAAACACAUAUUUAUGAAUAGCAUGUAAAUAUGUGAGAUUAAAAUUUUGCAUCCCUUUUUUCGAUGAAUUCUUUUUUCAUAAUGUUCAUAAAAAUAACGUCGUCCGUUACUAUAAUUAUACACAAAUAUAAACGAUGCUGACAGUUCUACGCGAUAGUUAUUUUUGCUAACAGACAACGCUUUCAUUAUAAUAUAUUAUAUAUAUAUAUGUGUAACAUGUACGUUGUGUACGGUAAUUGCUCGUAUCCGAAUCAAAAUGCGAAAUUAUAUGCUCAAUGGUCGGUAUAAUUAUCAUUUGCCAAAGAUGCCCUGAUACAGUUGACCGAUGAAAGGGUUGGUCUUUGGUUUCGACCUUCACUGUAGUUUGUACAGCCGUAGAAUUCUGCGAUUAUGAUCGUUGUCAAAAUAUACUUGUCAUGUAAUAAUACGCGUUUCCUUCCUUGCUCAGCAAAUAUGCAUGGUAUUAUUAUAAAUAUAAGUCAAGCCAAACAAAGCCAAAGAAAAAUCGAAGAGUUGAAAAAACUGUACGAAUCAAAGAAAUCAGUGCAAUACUGCAUACGUGAAGGAAUUUUGACGAAUUAGAAAAAUACAGAUUUUGCCACGUUGGUAGUAUUUUUCGUAAAACGGAAAUGAACGAAUCACAAGCUUACG